AUGAAGCUUUUCUCGAUAUUUGUAUUAUUCCUGUACGUGAGGGAGUCGCUGGGUUUCUGUCCGUCGCUUUGUUCUUGUAAAGGGAACAGGUCGAGCGACAGUGCCUCUUCCGACCCGCAGCCAGGAGAACUUUUGAAGUUAAGAUGUGGCGGGAGUCCCGUACAGAUCACCGAACUCAAGGAAAUAGAUCUAAGCAAACUCUACACUGUUGUCGUAAGCUUGAAUUUGUCAGCCAAUGCCAUUUCAACAUUAUCCAGAGAACUUUACUUGCCUAAUUUACAGAAGUUAGAUCUCAGUAAAAACCAAAUCUCAUUGAUAGAAUCAGAUGCUUUCUACAAUAUGACAUCGCUUCAGAGACUCGACCUUUCCCACAACCAGAUCAGUAAUAUUUACAAAGAAAUUUUUAAGGGGCUUGUUAGUCUCGAGAGACUUAUACUGUCUCAAAAUCAUAUUUCAGUUCUGAGUUCGGGGACUUUUGAUUAUCUCAUUGGAUUGAAACAGAUAGACAUAACAGAUAAUCCUCUCAUAUGUGACUGUGAACUUCUCUGGGUCGGAGACUGGUCUAGAAAUACAAGUGUGAAGCUAGUAGGGAAUCCUAAAUGUGCAUUUCCAGAAAACAUGGUUAACAAAACUGUUCGAAAGCUAAAAAUUUUCCUUGAUCUCUCAGCAUGUGGAAGUGUACUACCCUCCAAUACUCUUAUAGUUAAACCGAGUCACGACCAAGUGGUUUUCGAAGGUGAUACCCUGGUUUUAAGCUGUAAUGCUCCAUUUGCAUCAGUCAUGGCUAAGUAUGAGCUAAAAUGGGUUCACCCAAUGUUGGAAAUAUGUGAUGUAAACCUAACAAGUACGGAUAUGCAAGAGGAAGGUUUAGCGGAAACGACCGUGUACUUUCCAAACAUUACGAAUCAUCACAAUGGUAAUUGGACUUGUAUGUACACUGAUCAAAAUCAUAUACGACAUAAUUAUACAGUACAAGUAUUAGUAUUGUCGAAUCAAACGAAGUAUUGUUCAACUAACUACACUAUAGAUAAUAAAGGGUUGUACUCCUGGCCUCAAUUAUUGUUAAAUCAUACUGCAUCUAUACCAUGCCGCAAUGGCUAUGGUUUAGCCUAUAGAACAUGUAAUGCUAAUUCAACUUGGGGACCAGCGAACACGUCAGAAUGUUCCUAUAUAAGCAAUAUAACAAAGUUGUUGCAGCAAUUUGCGUUACUGAAUGUUAGUCUAGUGCAAUAUUCAGCUUUAAAUGCCACGGAAAGGUUAGCUAUGUUGAUUCAAGAGAAGACAUAUCCUUUAGUGGAGAUAUUAGACCCCGAUGAUGUAAUGUUUAUUGCAAAAGCGAUAAGGAAUUAUAUGCAGUACAUAUCGGAGGAAAGCGAUUUAGGUUCCACAUUGCUAGACGUUAUAAGCUCGGCUAUGAACAUUUCCACUCAAGUUAUGUCACAAGCAGAGACAAAGUACGGAGCAUGCACAGAUAUGUUAAGAGCUGCGGAAGAGAUAUCAGCCUACACUAGUAACGUACAAGGACAUAAGAUAAACUUAGCAGUGGAACGAUUCCCAGUGGGCGAGGGCUUCAGUGGCGUGACGUGCGUGUGGUACAGCGUGGCCCCGGAGCAGCCGCCGCGCCUGCACUGCUCCACCACCAACCGCACCGUGGCGCACCGCAGCGCGCUCUCGCGGGCGUCCGGCGCGCUCAUACACGCCAGCGUGCAGAUACCACUGUCCCUCCUCUAUAGUACGACGGAGUAUGGAACACUUUUGCACACCAAGCCUCAUGAUCUCGUCAUAGCAAUGUAUGAAGAUGCCUCCUUGCUUCCGUUGUUACCCGCGAUGGACGACGAUCACCUGCCUGGACAUCGGUCUAAGGAUUAUUAUGGGAGAAGUACUAAACGAGAGGAUAUAAAUAUGGAAAUUACAUCGCCAGUGAUUGGAUUUCAACUAACGAACGUGUCGGUGCGCGGGCCGCUGCUGGAGCCCGUGAUCGCGACGCUGCGCGCGCGCGGCGCGGGCGUGGACGCGCGCGCCGCCGUGUGGGAGCCGCGCGCGCGCCGCUGGGCCGACGGCGGCGACGAUUGCAAAAUAUCGCACAUAGUAUCUGAAAUGAUAAUCAUAACCUGCACAAAGCUGGCUUAUGUCGGACUUUUGCAAAACGUUGAAACAGGUAUAUAUGGUGCUAGAACUGACGGUGCGAGAUUCAAAGUUUCCCAUCCGGCAGUGUAUGUCGGAAGUCUUAUCCUUAUCGGUUGCGUGAGUUGUGCCACACUUACCUACAUCAUGUGUUAUCCCGCUAUACAGAUGGCUAAGAAGAACAAACACGCCCUAAUAAACACCUGGAUCGCGAUCGGUCUCCUCUGCUUCAUGUAUACUUUGGGCAUUUACCAGACGGAAGACGUUAAGUUGUGCCAAAUAUUGGGAUUAUUGAUACAUUACCUAUCACUGUCUUGUUUAUUAUGGAUGUGUGUAUCGGCUAGCAAUAUGUACAAAUGGGUGACGAAGACUCAUAAUCCAGUUAGAACGCCCGAUGAUGAUCUUCCAUUGGAUGUGCCAGUACAGAAACCAAUAUUAGGACUUUAUUUAGUCGGCUGGGGUAUCGCUCUCAUUGUGUGUGGUAUUUCUGGAGCUGUUAAUUUAAAAGAUUACGCAGGAUAUUCUCAAUGUUUUCUCAGCACUGCGCCCGCUUUGAGUGCACUGUUUAUUCCUGGCGGGAUACUGCUUAUGUUCCUUAUGAUUCUUUUCCUUUUGAUACGAUGUACGAUACGAAAUAUGAACGUGCAACUAUCGGAAGGCACACAGGCGACGGAAAAUGUUGAUUUAGAAAUGUGGGAGCCGAAUCCGGCCAAUGAGGGUGCAGAGAGACGGAGUAUAAAGUCUGGAAUCGAUUCAGAAAUAGAUGAUAUCGAACACGCUCCUAUAAUACAGUUAAGAGCUCAAGUCAUUGUGUUGUGUUUGUAUAUGUCUGUUUGGACUUGCGGAGCGAUUGCGGUUUACAGACCUUUACCAGCCUAUCUGCCCUAUCAGGAGGAUAUUUGUAGUAUAGUCUACGCUGUCUGUGCCACAAUUUUGGGUACAUUCAUAUUAUUCUUCUAUGGGAUAGCGAGAAGCGAUGUACGAGCGCAGUGGUCUUUAAUGCAUUGCUAUUUACAAUCAAGCAAGCAGUGUUGUAGGAACAGAAGCGUUUUCGAUACUAAUCAACAAAAACUGCCGGGCAACCAAACAUCGACCACAUCGCCUCAACAUGUUCCCAAUGAUAACAGAUCAAGGUCAGGAAGUAGGAGCUCUAAUCGAACGAAUACGAAAACUAAUAACAGCGGAACUUACAAAGCUGGCGCGGAAUUAAACGGACAAACGUUGCAUAAAGAUCAUAAGAACACUAACGGUAAAACACCCAACAUAAACCUAGUAGUGUUACAUAGACAGCAGUAUAGAUCGAAUAACUCCAUGAUGACUUACCCAGACGCCUCUACGAUAGGUCCUGAAGUAUUUUAUAAUCCAAAUCAAAUGAAUGUAGCCAAGAAAUUCUUUAAAAAACAAAGGCAAAAUAUGAAGAGAAAUUGUCUAGAGCUACCUCUAAGAAGGGACUGUGACGACGAUUCUCAUGCCUCCUUACCUCUUCCCAGUAAGGAAGCCUACAACGGUGUAGCAAGUUUUAUUAACAGUGGCACUAAGAUUAAUAAUACAAAUCAACACGUUGAAAGAUCUAACAACGGCAUUAAGGAACCUCGGAAUACCGUGAAUCCUAAUUUACUAGAGGACGAAUCAAAGGAUAAAUUCAAAAGUUAUUCGACAGAUAGAAAAUCGUGGAACAAAAACGAAGAUCCCAAACAUGGCAGAGGACAAGUAGUGAACAUUUACACAAACGUCCCAGAAACUCAAGUUCCGCAACAUCAUAUUGUUAAAGCUAAUGUGCAGAAAAAUUUAAAUGGACAACGGAAUAGUGUUUCUGAAGAAUGCCUGCAGAGUCACGCUACUGAGCACCCUGAAAUGCGGACUAUAUCGCAACAAUGUAGCUUAGAAUACAGUUCUGCCUCGGAAAUAGCAAUGCCCCAUACAUGUUCUGAUCAAACGCUGAAUACACACUCCGAAAUGACAUCUUUCCAGGAGACACAUAGCGCUUUAUGUUCGACUAACGAAAUAACUGACACUGAGAGUUUCGGUCAAUACAUUGACUACCUGCAACCCAAUAAGGCGCAUGAAAGUAAAGAACCAAUCGAUAAAUCGUUACAGGAUAUAUCCGAAGAAUGUACAAUGAACAGUGAUGAUGUCAAUCAAUCUAGUACACCUCAUAAUCUAGAGGCUGGAUUAACAGAAAUUGAUCAUUUACUCCAAAAUCCUGAUUUAGAUAUGGACGGAUCGAAAGAAAAAAUUAGCGACAAAGAUACAUUCUUUAUGGCGAAGACGACAUAUGAUUUCGAAACGUGUAGCACGAACGCAAGCGAACAAGGUUUUGAAAACGAAAGCGACAUUUACUGCCCCAAUUACCAAAUGUCCGAAGUUAGUAUACGAAGUCACGGCUUGUACGCACCUUCCCCGUCUUCGAUGUGUCCGAACGAAAUCAGUUUCAGCAAUGAAGACGUUUCGACAUUAGAGAGUCAAUACGUUAAUUACGAUCCCGGAUGGCGUAAAACUAUAAAAAAUAAUCGUAAAUUAGGCAAAUUCGUGCCAACCCCCGCAUUAAGCUGUCCUGAAGUAAAUCGUGAUAGUAGUCCGGUGUCGUUUACGAGUGAAUUAGACGAACUUUACACUCAAAUAACGAGUAGAGACAAAGAUAGGAUGCCUCGUAAGGACCACGGGCUAGACGUAACAGUGAAUAGUGAUGUAACACUUAAACCUGACAGUGACAGUUGUGUAAGUGAGGCCGUUUCCGAAGGAGAAGGAAGAGGCGAAACUACGGUCUAAAAAUUUAUUUCUGCAAAUAUUAGAACAUGAUGUGUAUAUAUUCUUUAAGAUGAUCAUAAUUAGUGUCUUCUAUAAUGUUAUCGAAGAAUGUUAUCUUCUGUUCUGACUCUACGAAAACUGCCAUUUUGUUAUUAAUGGCUAAAUGUUCGGCGAAAUCUUGUGCCAUUAACGUUAGGUUGUAUAAUUUUAGUACUAAGUUAAAAUUUUAACUUUAAUGUUAUUUAUUUUAUAUUUUCUGUAAAUGGGUCUGAUUUAUAUAUAAAUAAAGAUGAACUACCUUGUAUGAUGGUUAUCCAUGAUAAUUUUCCAGGUAGUUUACCUUUAAAAAUAUAACAAAGUUAUUAAUAUAUUAAGAGAAGCCAAAAUCAGUUGCGCAAAUCUAGAAUGACAUAUAAAAUGUUUAUGCUUUUAGAAGAAAGUUAGACGCAAAGUACCAUUUAUCAGAAUCUAAUGGAUUUGGUGCAUACCUUCCUUGAAAUAAAUCUGUACUUGUAAUAUAAGGGUACAUACAAUAGAAUUAUAAAAUUAAAGUUUAGUUUGAAAAUGUAUGUUCUAAGAAAGAACACUAUGAUUUCGACUAAAAAAUUUGAAAAAAAAUCCAUAAGAUUCAUAAAAAUUUGGCCAAAAUUUGGGGGUCAGUCCCACCUCAUUUAAGUUUCAAGAUUUUGAAGGCAUUUCGACUUAAUUUACAUGUCACCAAACGUCCUAUUGGGAGUCUAAAUUAUUUUGUUUUGCAUUAGCAUAAGACUCAUUAGAUCAGUAUGAAUAUAUACAUAUAUUUAUGUUUAUGAUA